AUGGAAACGGAAAUAGGUCCCGCACGUCACAACCCCCUGGAUGCACAACGUUUCGACCCGCUACGGCGCACUCGCACAAGACUCGUCUCGCUUCUCAACACUAGCACUUCAAAACUGAUGAUGAGGCAAGGUCUUUGCGUCAGGACCGAGCGAGCGAGCGUGGAUGAUAUGUGGCCAGACCACAAGGUUGUAGUCGAUCCUUUUGAGGCGGGAGGUUCUGAUUCGGAGGGAUCGUGCCCACUCCCAUCCUUUACUUCUACGGAAGCGCGCGCCACUUCCCUUACACCUAUCGACAUAUACGAUCACGACGACAUUGUUGUCACACGUACCAUCAUCCACCCUAAUCCCAAUCCCCAUCGUGGUCCUACUCGUAUGCUAUCUCGCACGCGGAUGGUGUUUACAUGCAUGUUCUCGUGCUCACCGUCUCCCACAAACGCCUACUCUCCUUUUCCAUCUUCGUCGUCUGUGUCACCCCGAUCCACCCCCCUUUCGCGCUCCACGAGCCUGGUGCUCCGAGCGCUCAACUGUUUCAGCACAUCCUCAGCUUUCGAUAGCGAUGCGGAUGAUAUAAAAAUUCACAGGAGGGAGAGGCCUGUAUUGCUGGUGAUUGUUAAGGAGACGAGGGAAAGGUAUGAGGAUGAUCGGGCGUUUAAGGAGAUUGUGGGGAGCGUCUUCCCUGCUGCUGGUGUGAGGGGUGGCGCUUGA